AUGACAUAUGUCUGACGUCUGUCACGUUUUGGUAUUAUCAUCAUCCUAUAUCAUGAAAAUCUCCUGUGAUGAAGAAAUCAAUGUUUUUGUCUAAAACUGAGCAUAGAUGCGAAAUUCAACAUGUUGGCCGACAUUAAAGAAGAGGAUCCUAAUGAGCUGGAACGCAAGUCUAGUCCACAUGGUCUCAAAGUGGUACAUGUACUUUUAUAAAAUUGAAAUUCAAAGAAAGCUCUAGGAGACUCGAGACUGAUUAAGGAAUCAGAGAGCUUGAUUCAGUGGUAUGACUACAAACUCCUGAGAACUACACAGCUAAUCCGUACCGGUACCAAACUCUUAGAAUGCCAAUCUGGUCGAAGCAAGACAAAAUCUAGACUGCUUAUACACCCUGAACGGUACUUGAUGGGUAUCAUAGCGGAUGAAGACACUGUUUGCGGAUUUUUGCUAGCUGGAAUCGGUGAGCUAGAUCCAAAUGGUGACCCAAACUAUGCUGUGGUGGACGAGCAUACUCCAGAUAUAGUGGUUGCUGCACAUUAUCGAAGGCUUAUCCUCCGUCAAGACAUCGCUAUUCUCUUGAUUGACCACGAGGCAGCUGACCGUAUCCGACAGACCAUGAAAGAAUUGGAAUACAUCAAAUACCCUCAUCUGGUCAUCAUACCAGACCAUUAUGGUCCAUACGAGAUGGACAUUGAAUAUAUUCUGGGUAUAUCUGCCAAACACGACUCUGAGGAAAGUGACCAUGUACAAGAGUUAAAGAAGUCUAAGCAAGAGAACAGAAGACCGAAUACAGAUGAUAACCCUUCUAUCACUACUGGCAAGAAGACUUCUUUCAAGGAGGACUAAUACUUGAAACUAAAUGUGAACAGUCAAUCAAUUUAUACAAAUAUAAAUGGGAAUUUCUGUUUAGUCUGUUCACAAUACGGAAAGACGGAAAAAUUUGUACACUUACUCAUUCAAACACGAAGGUUAUAGACAUGGUUAUGGGAUGUUCAGAAACUUCACGUCUACCUUCGCCUAAGACCUUGACCAUGACCUUAAUGGGUAUCGAGAGUCCCCAGAAAGCAGUGAAAUGACAAAAUAUCUCAAAAAGCACGUUUCAUUAAGAACAUUUUGUAUAAUAAAGCCGUAAGGUUUGAAGAGGUUCUUCUUCUGAUGACCCUGAAGGUGACCUUGUCAAUGACCUUCAAGCUCAUUUGAAGCUCAAGGCAAUUUUCUUGAAUGAAGGUGACCAUGAAGCCAUUUGAAGAUAUAUUUUUGAAGCGGAACAUCUAUUUUCAAUUUGACAAAUGCAAUUUGCAGACAAGAUCAUUUUAAGAACAGAAAAAUGUUUGAGUAAGCUCCUUACUUUUUUUGAGUACGUACAUAAGCCAAAUAUUGAAAUUCAUUUAUUGGUGUAUUAAAAUGUUGGAUCAAUACUUGCCAAAUUAACUGUUGUAUUACUUGGAAUAUUGCACAUCUAUCUCUGAAACGAAUCUCCUUCAGACUAAUGCAAAAUAAAUGAAAUAUGGCGUGAUCAUCUGUGAAAUGAAUGGAUCGAUGCCAACAUUAGGCCCAGAGGAAUCGUUCUCAUCAAAAGCAACUGGCAACGUCAACCCAAUUCGACACACGUUCAUACUAAAGAGACGGCAAUCGGGACUAGUUACCGAAACUGCCCUAGCUGGUUUAUUGAUAAUAUAAUCAGAUAAAAAUAUUUUCCUAUAACGUUUUUGUGAUCCUUGG